AUGGAUGCGCUCCUGUCUCGCCUCGAGCAACUCAUCCUCCAACCUGACCUCGCACCAUUCCUAUCUUUAGUCAAAGGCGCGCGCAAUGGAAUCGUCUAUGGAUCGAAAGUGCGGUUUCCGCAUGCGUUGGUCAUGAUCAUGCUAUUCCGAUCCGGAUCGUUCCGCGACAAAAUUAAGCUCGUCCUGAAAGCAACGCGCCAGCACGCUCGAAACCUCUCCACGUUCGCAGUGAUCUACAAAGCAUCCAUGAUUCUUCUUAGGAACAUCAACCCCCGCGGCGCCGGCAAGGAAGGCCGGUAUGACAGCUUCUUUGCAGGCUUGUUGGGCGGGUAUGCCGUCUUCGGUCGACAGCGUGGAAGCAUCAGCCAGCAGAUCGUCAUCUACGUCUUCGCGCGCGUGAUGCUUUCCCUCGCCAAACUCGCGAUCCAACCCAACAUGCACCCUCUCUCCUCCCUCAUCACCCCCGAAGCCCGCACCACAAUUACCGACAACGCAUGGCCCGUCUUCGCCAGCAUGACCUGGGCCUUCGUCAUGUACCUUUUCCGCUGGUACCCUGAUACCCUCGUCUCGAGUCUACGGAGCAGUAUGCAAUAUAUUUAUGCGGACUCGGAUCACUGGGAUUCACUUCGGACACUCUUCAUACAUAACAAAUGA